CACCAGCUCAUGCACACCAUCUGGAGGCUUGAACGUAAUAGGCAGGAAAAAUCUUUCCUGAAAUCUCUCCAACAGGAUCAAGAAGGUGAAUUCAAGAUGGCGGAGACAGAAAUGGAGAUAUUCAGGGGAUUCAUUACUGCCUGGGGGCUCCUGGCAUUGGAG